AUGGUUAAGGAUGAAAAUGGAAUAGAAGUGGAUGCAACCUUUUACAAACAAAUUGUGGGAAGCUUAAUGUAUCUGACUGCUACUCAGCCAGACAUGAUGUUUGUAGUAAGCUUGAUUAGCGGGGAUAUGGCACAGCCUACUAAGCUUCAUCUUUUGGCGGCAAAAAGAGUCUUGAGGUAUCUGAGAGGGACUACAAACUUUGGGAUAUUCUACAAGAAGGGAGGGAACAAGGAAUUGGUUGCAUACACUGAUAGUGAUUAUGCAAGAGAUUUUGAGGAUAGAAAAAGUACUGUUGGUUAUGUGUUCAUGUUAAGCUCAGGUGCAGUGUCUUGGUCUUCAAGAAAACAACCAAUUGUCACUCUCUCUAUAAUUGAAACAAAGUUUAUUGUUGCAACAGCUUGUACAUGUCAGGUUGUGUGGAUUAAAAGAAUUUUGACAAAACUCAGCUAUGAUCAAGGUGAUUGCACUACUAUGUUCUGCGAUAAUAGCUCUACCAUCAAGUUAUCUAAAAAUCCUGUGAUACAUGGUCAUAGCAAACACAUUGAUGUACGUUUUCAUUUUCUGUGUGAUUUAAACAAGGAAAGGGUUGUGCAGUUGGUUCAUUGUGGCACUCAAGAUCAAGUUGCAGAUGUGAUGACCAAGCCACUCAAGCUUGACCUGUUCCAGAAGUUGCGUGGUAUGCUGGGAGUGUGUGAAGUACCUAAAGUAAACUAA